GUCGGUGCUGACAGGUCGUCGUCGUCGGCGGCUCUCCCCGCGGAGGGGUCAUGAAUCAGACCGACGCUCCCCGGCCGCUCAACUGGACCAUCCGGAAGCUGUGCCAUGCCGCCUUCCUCCCCUCCGUCAGGCUUCUCAAGGCACAGAAAUCAUGGAUAGAAAGAGCAUUUUACAAGAGAGAAUGUGUUCAUAUCAUACCCAGCACCAAAGACCCCCAUAGGUGUUGCUGUGGGCGUCUAAUAGGUCAACAUGUUGGACUGACUCCAAGCAUCUCCGUUAUUCAGAAUGAGAAAAAUGAAAGCAGGCUUACUCGCAAUGACAUCCAGUCGGAGAAGUGGUCCAUCAGCAAGCACACGCAGCUCAGCCCGACGGACGCUUUUGGAACCAUUGAGUUCCAAGGAGGAGGCCACUCCAAUAAAGCCAUGUAUGUACGUGUGUCUUUUGACACAAAGCCUGACCUUCUUCUGCAUCUGAUGACCAAAGAGUGGCAGCUUGAGCUCCCUAAACUUCUCAUCUCUGUGCACGGGGGCCUUCAGAAUUUUGAACUUCAGCCAAAACUCAAGCAAGUCUUCGGAAAAGGCCUCAUUAAGGCUGCCAUGACAACUGGAGCUUGGAUAUUCACUGGAGGAGUAAACACAGGAGUCAUUCGGCAUGUUGGAGAUGCACUGAAAGAUCAUGCUUCAAAAUCUCGAGGGAAGAUCUGCACCAUUGGUAUAGCUCCCUGGGGAAUUGUGGAAAAUCAAGAGGAUCUGAUUGGCAAAGAUGUGGUUCGACCAUACCAAACGAUGUCCAAUCCCAUGAGUAAAUUGACAGUGCUCAACAGUAUGCAUUCUCAUUUUAUUUUGGCUGACAAUGGCACUACUGGUAAAUAUGGAGCAGAGGUGAAACUUCGUAGACAGUUGGAAAAGCACAUUUCCCUUCAGAAGAUAAAUACAAGAAUUGGUCAAGGGGUUCCUGUGGUGGCCCUCAUUGUGGAAGGAGGUCCCAAUGUUAUCUCCAUCGUUCUGGAGUACCUGCGAGACACUCCUCCUGUUCCUGUUGUGAUAUGCGAUGGCAGUGGCCGGGCAUCUGACAUCCUUGCCUUUGGUCAUAAAUACUCUGAAGAAGGAGGACUUAUCAACGAGUCUUUGAGGGACCAGUUGCUAGUUACCAUACAGAAGACUUUCACAUACACCCGAACCCAGGCACAGCACCUCUUCAUUAUCCUCAUGGAAUGUAUGAAAAAGAAGGAGCUGAUCACAGUAUUUCGCAUGGGAUCAGAAGGACAUCAGGAUAUUGAUUUAGCUAUCCUGACAGCAUUACUAAAAGGAGCUAACGCAUCUGCUCCAGACCAGCUGAGCCUAGCAUUAGCCUGGAACAGAGUAGACAUCGCCCGCAGUCAGAUCUUUAUUUAUGGGCAGCAGUGGCCGGUGGGCUCCCUUGAGCAAGCAAUGCUGGAUGCACUGGUGUUGGACAGAGUGGAUUUUGUGAAAUUACUCAUAGAAAAUGGAGUAAGCAUGCAUCGUUUUCUCACCAUCUCCCGGCUAGAGGAAUUGUACAACACGAGACAUGGACCGUCCAACACUCUGUAUCAUCUAGUCAGGGAUGUCAAAAAGCGAGAAUAUCCAGGUUUCGGUUGGAUCUAUUUUAAGGGAAAUUUACCCCCUGAUUAUCGGAUAAGUCUGAUUGAUAUUGGUUUGGUGAUAGAGUACCUGAUGGGAGGAGCGUAUCGCUGCAAUUACACCCGAAAGCGGUUCAGAACACUGUACCACAAUUUAUUUGGGCCCAAGAGGCCAAAAGCCCUGAAACUGUUGGGAAUGGAGGAUGAUGUUCCAUUGCGGCGAGGGAGGAAAACAACAAAGAAAAGAGAAGAAGAAGUUGAUAUUGAUUUGGAUGACCCUGAGAUCAAUCAUUUCCCCUUCCCGUUCCAUGAGCUGAUGGUGUGGGCUGUGCUGAUGAAGCGUCAGAAGAUGGCACUCUUCUUUUGGCAGCAUGGGGAAGAGGCUAUGGCUAAAGCACUGGUGGCCUGUAAACUCUGCAAAGCCAUGGCCCAUGAAGCAUCAGAAAACGACAUGGUGGAUGACAUAUCCCAGGAGCUGAACCAUAAUUCCAGGGACUUUGGCCAGUUGGCGGUGGAGCUGUUGGACCAGUCGUACAAGCAGGAUGAGCAACUGGCAAUGAAACUGCUGACCUACGAGCUGAAGAACUGGAGCAACGCCACGUGCCUGCAGCUCGCAGUGGCAGCCAAGCACAGGGACUUCAUCGCUCACACGUGCAGCCAAAUGCUGCUCACAGACAUGUGGAUGGGUCGUCUCCGGAUGCGUAAAAAUUCUGGCCUAAAGGUAAUUCUAGGAAUUCUACUUCCUCCUUCAAUCCUCAGCUUGGAAUUCAAGAACAAAGAUGAUAUGCCUUACAUGUCCCAGGCUAACGAGAUCCAUCUUCAAGAGAAAGAACCAGAAGAACCAGAAAAGCCAGUGAAAGAAAAAGAUGAGGAGGAUAUGGAACUCACCGCAAACAGCAGGAGCUGCCCACAGGACCCCGUCUGCAGGCAGGCAGAAGGACCUGCCUACAGGACCCAAUAUGCAGGCAAGCCGAAGGAGGAACCCACAAGACCCACCUACAGGACCCGUUUGCAGGCAAUGCUUGGACGAGGGAAUGGAGAGCCCUCAAGAAAGAAAGAGGAAGAGGAAGUUCAGAGCAGGCACAGACUGAUCCCUGUUGGAAGAAAGAUUUAUGAGUUCUACAAUGCUCCUAUCGUUAAAUUUUGGUUUUACACACUGGCCUAUAUAGGCUACUUGAUGCUGUUCAAUUAUAUAGUGUUAGUGAAGAUGGAUCGCUGGCCAUCUACACAGGAAUGGAUUGUCAUCUCGUACAUUUUCACUCUGGGAAUAGAGAAGAUGAGAGAGAUAUUGAUGUCAGAGCCUGGGAAGCUGUUACAGAAAGUAAAAGUUUGGCUCCAGGAGUACUGGAACGUUACUGAUCUGAUAGCUAUCCUCCUGUUCUCCGUCGGAAUGGUGCUCCGUCUGCAAGAUCUGCCACUCCGGAGUGACGGCCGAGUGAUAUACUGUGUUAACAUAAUUUACUGGUAUAUACGGUUAUUAGACAUCUUCGGAGUAAACAAGUAUUUGGGACCAUAUGUUAUGAUGAUUGGGAAAAUGAUGAUAGAUAUGAUGUACUUUGUCAUCAUCAUGUUGGUGGUUCUGAUGAGCUUUGGUGUCGCAAGACAGGCUAUUCUCUUCCCCAAUGAGGAACCUUCGUGGAAGCUGGCGAAAAACAUAUUUUACAUGCCUUAUUGGAUGAUCUAUGGGGAAGUGUUUGCAGACCAGAUAGACCCUCCUUGUGGUCAAAAUGAAACCAGAGAAGAUGGCAAAAUAAUCCAGCUACCUCCCUGCAAGACAGGAGCAUGGAUCGUUCCUGCCAUCAUGGCCUGUUACCUCUUGGUUGCAAACAUCCUUUUGGUGAACCUCCUCAUUGCUGUUUUCAACAAUACAUUUUUUGAAGUCAAAUCCAUAUCCAACCAAGUAUGGAAAUUUCAAAGAUACCAGCUAAUCAUGACAUUUCAUGAAAGACCUGUUCUCCCACCACCUCUGAUCAUUUUCAGCCACAUGACUAUGAUAUUCCAACACCUCUGCUGCAGAUGGCGGAAGCAUGAAAGCGACCCAGAUGAGAGAGACUAUGGAUUGAAACUUUUCAUAACUGAGGAUGAAUUGAAAAAAGUCCAUGAUUUUGAAGAGCAGUGCAUAGAAGAAUAUUUUAGAGAAAAGGAUGACAGAUUCAAUUCCUCCAAUGAUGAAAGAAUCCGUGUCACUUCAGAAAGGGUAGAGAACAUGGCCAUGCGACUGGAAGAAGUAAACGAGCGAGAGCACUGCAUGAAGGCCUCUCUGCAGACCGUUGACAUCAGGCUUGCUCAGCUGGAAGAUAUGAUGGGACGAAUGGUUACCGCCUUAGAAAAACUGACCGGCAUAGAGAGAGGUGAGACAACCAAGAUACGAUCCAGGACCUCAUCUGACUGUACGGAUGCAGCCUACAUUGUGAGGCAGAGUAGCUUCAAUAGCCAGGAAGGAAAUACUUAUAAGCUUCAAGAGAGCAUAGAUCCCACGGGAGAGGAGUCCAUGUCCCCAACGUCUCCUACAAUCACACCCCGCAUGCGAAGCCACUCUUUCUAUGCAACAAAUAUGAAGGACAAGUGUGGCUUGGAAAAGUUUGAAAGCAUUUUUAAGGAAAGAUCGCCAAGUCUGCAUCGAGCUAUCAGUUCCCACUCAAUAGCAAAAGAAGGAAAGGUUCCCUUAGCACCUACCAGCACUUUGUCAAUUGCCCCAGACUCCAGAAGGCCUUCGUCUUGUAUAGACAUCUACGUUUCUGCCAUGGAUGAGAUGCAUUCUGACACAGAGCCUCUUGACAGCUCCAUAAAUAUUCUCGGUACCGGAGAUGUGGCUCUGCAGGCCCACAUAGCCUCUUCCAUUUUAGCUAACAGUGCGUACAUUAGCAGUACACCUGGAGAAAAAAUUGCUGGCAGGAGUCUUGAUUACGAGGAAACCUCUGGAAUUGAAACAAGAGCAUUUUCUUCAGACUAUUCACAAAUCACAGAUUGCCAAAUCCCCUGGGAUUCAGACCCUCCCUUGUACCACACUUUAGAGCGAUCUAAAAGCAGUCGUUACCUGGCUACGACUCCAUUUAUUUUGGAGGAAACGCCAAUUGUGAAAUCUCACAGUUUCAUGUUCUCUCCAUCUCGAAGUUACUUCAGCAGCCUCGGUGUCCCAGUCAAAACAGCAGAGUACACAAGCAUUACGGACUGCAUAGACACGAGGUGUGUGAGCGCUCCACAGGCCAUCGCAGAGAGGGCCAGUUUCCCUGGAAGUCUUGGGGGCAAAGUGGAAGACUUGGGAUGCUGCCACCCAGAGAGAGAAGCUGAGCUAAGCCACCCCAGCUCUGAUCAUGAGGAUAUUGAGGCCAAAGACAAGAAGGGGAUCCUCUUAUCUCCUCAAGACAGCAAUGCUACAAGAACUCUGGCCAACAGCAUCCCACUUCCAAAAAUAGAGCGGGCCAACAGCUACUCUGCAGAGGAGUCCAACAUGUUGUAUGCACAGCACACGCGGAAGAGCUACUCUAUCAGCGACAAACUUGACAGACAGCGAAACACAACAGGCCUCCGAAACCCUUUCCAAAGGAGUAAGUCCUCUAGACCAGAGAGCAGAGGGGACAACCUGUCCAUGAGGAGACUGUCAAGAACGGGAGCCUUCCGCAGCUUUGAAAGCAAGCACAGCUAGGCCUAUCAGCAGUCUAAGGGUCAUCUGCUCUCCAGUUCAUUUUUCUUAGCAGAAUUUUAAAAAAAAAAAGAAACACGUUACCCCAUGUCAACUCCAGUUGGCAAUAGCCACUGGUCAAGGGAGCACAUUGUCAGCCUCAGCACCGCCCACUGAGUUACUGCAUCUUGACCCAGUUGACAUUUGCACUUAAGGAAAAAGGAAGGGAUGAAAGCUUUACAAAGACUUCAGUAAACAACAGGAAUAACAAACCCCUUUUAUGAAGUCACAAGAAAUAAAUGAGUAGGUUCAGAAAUCUGCCUUUUAUUAGAAGGCAUCCUAAAAUCCUUGAUCAUUAUUCAAGUUUUUAGGAUGCAGAAAUUAGCUGGCAAAAAGAGAUGUACAAAUUAGAUGUUCUAAACUUCAAUCACGACUUCUUUUUCAUCUGUUUCACCGUUGUGAUGACUGAUGAAAAGCAUUUGUUAUUUCUGUAGGAACUGGCAGCAAACAAACCUAAAAUCUCCCAAAUCCCUUCCAUCCCACACUUGUGGAAAUGAAGAAAGAUGAACAAGAUAACAACCAUAAUGUUCACUUGUCUCUUUUUUUAUCAACUUCUAGUGCCACAAAAAGUUUAUAUUUUCAAGAGCAGAAAGGGAAAUGAAAUGCCUUUUGUACUGCAGCUUAAAUGGAGGAAGAAUUUAUGUUAAAGUAUCAGGUGAUUUCCUGUAUAAAACAGGCAUUCUAGAUUCUAGCACAGCUGAGCAAGCUCAGGAUGAAUGUAAUUAAGCGGAAUAGUAUAUAUUUAUUUUUUUACCACAUUUGUCAUAAUAUGUUGUCUCACUAAAUCAAAGGAUGUGAUGGAACAGUAAGAACAGGAUGAUCAGAGCACAGUAAUAUUGUCGGGAUCUCACUGCUCUGUUUAAUUACGUAUACAAAUUGGGGAGAUUUAUCCGCCAGGCUACUACCAGGCUCUACUUGCUGUUCCAUUUGAGUUGCUGAUUUUUCACAUCAUUCCCUCACCUAAAAAUAUACAACAUUUUUUUUUUUAUUAUUAUUGUUUUCAUGAGGACAUGGCCAUAUUUGAACAUUUCACAGUAUACAAGAUUUAUCAAGCGGUCUGAAUCCAGAUUCAUGCAAUUAGGCUGAAGUUGCUUAAGGGAAAAUGUUCUUGGCAGAGGACUGAUAAAACACUAAAAAAGUCUAUAUGCUUUUAAGGUAAGUUAAAGAAAGAAAAGAACCAAAGUGAAACUGCAGAUGUCUUUUAACAGCAAAAGCCGCCAGUUGCAACUAGGCUUCCACUGUUCAGCACCAUAUCACACAACCUGCAUUUUUGUAAGAGAAAGUACAUCUGCAUGGUAGCACAGUUGUGUGUUUUGGUUGAAGACAGUCGUAACUCCACCAAACCCACCCACUUUCCAAGGGUCCACGAUGUCAACCAGUUUCAAGCUUCUCAUGAGAAGAUAUCACAGUGGUCACAGGUGGAAGGGUACGCAGAAGAUGCGUGGAGAAGGGUGGAGAAGCAUAAACUGCAACUGCAUCAAAAUUUCACAUCCUUUACGAAGGCACGACUUUUAAGCUUGUAAAGAGUCGAAGCUAGUGCUAUUAAAAAUUAAAACAUUUCUACAACGACCAACAUCUGUGUAGAACCAGCUCCUUUUUGUUUUUAAAAAUGAACACAUGUGAGUGGGGUACAUAUUUCCCAUUAUUUAAAUGGGAAUUAUCUUCCAAAUCUCUAAGGCAGCUUUGAAAAUGCAGGCUGACAUUUUCUCACAGGGAUCUUACCCUGGGAGACUCUGAGCAUUGUACGAGAGCUAAGUCUGAAAGGCAACAAAUCCAGACAUAAAAAUGACCAUCAGCCUCCGGAAAAGAGGCAAAGAAGGUGAAAACAUUUAGGUACUGAGUCACUACAUUGGAAAGUUCAGGAAAUAAAGAAAUGCAGCAUGGGGACUUUAAGCACAAUGUGUUUCAUACUUCCUGUACCAACGUGUUCCUUGCUUUCUUCUAUUUGAUCAGGCUUUCAAUGAGCUAAACUCCACCAAGACACCACGUUUAUGCAAUUGCCUUGCAGUCCAUGUGGAGCGUUACGGUCACAUGGCAACACCGAGAAAGGUCAGAAACCUUUCCGUGCGUUAUGAAGCAUGCUUGUGACGGGCUGAUUGUUGAACAAUAGCAAAAUGCCCAGGGGCAAAGGAACUUGUGUUUAACAAUCUGCUUCAAAUGUGCCAACUUCUGUUAGCAGCCUUUUCCUAAGGCUUCUCCAAAUCUGACUAUCCUUGGUGAGUAGAGGGGGAUAUUCUCACUUUGUUUUCUUUGUUACUUUUACGAAUGUCUGCUAAAACUGUUCGUGGACUCUUCCACCUUCACCGUAUUACUGGCCUACUCUAGAGGAACUUCAGAUUCAUUACAAAUUCCUCAACAGUGCUUAGUGAAUUAGUUCAAGGCAUAGGGCUCUCCUCUGGGGUAGAUUCCAUCUUUUAGUUUGUCAGGGUUAAAGGAAUUUGCCAAACCCGGAAGCUGUAUAAAUGUUUAGGAUACAGCACUUUAUUGAUCUGGAGCACAAAUUCCAGGCAAAAAUGAAACAGGACACUUUAUUUACCUCUUAAAAUUUGCCAUUAUAUAUAAAAUGUAAAUUCAGAUGUUAAAAGUGUGAUUGCAAGAUGUCAGAACACUACUUUUCCUGAAUGUCUCCCAUUUAUUCUACGAUAUGGUCUCUAUAGAAUAUAUUAUGAUGGAUGUUAGAUCAUUUUAUCUUCACCUGUUUUUUACACAUUCCAUCAAACUGGUCCUUUUUGAAUUUGAUGGUAAAACACCGAUUCCUUGCAACGGGACCAGAUUUCCCACUCCUGAUAUUAUUAUGAUCAUUUAGUGAGAGCAGAAGUCUUAUCAUCCAUCAUCAUGUAGCUAUAGCAUGUGCCAUAUGACAUAUUCUGUAUCAAAUGAUAGCUUAUGAAAUAUAUAUACACACAUAUAUACAUAUCUCCCAUAGAUAAACCAGUAUAGUUGUGACAUGUGGUAAUAUUAGUGAACGUUACAGGACAGUUUUAAUAUCACAUUAUAAGGUCUUGUUUUGUAAAUCUGUAACAUUCAAUAAAAUAGCACAUGUUGCAUCGAGCAUUAAGUUCCACUAUCCAAUUAUUAGCUUACAUAUGGAAUAUGCAUUUCUGGUCACAGUGUGUAAGUUUGGUAUAUUUCACGCAUUUCUCUGUAUAGGUCCACUUAAACGCCUGUAUGAGCUGAUGUAUAAACCUCUAAUGAGCCACUGUGGGCUGUGACAGGUGAGUUGUGAUAGUGUGAAAGACGAACUGGCAUGUUAUGCAAAAGAUUAUAAGAUAAAUGAACUUUAAUAAUAUUUUGAAAUUCAACUGAACUUAGCUGUUUGUUUACAUAUGCUGGCCGACUAAGGAAGCGGUGUACAGUAUUUUAUAAAUAUUUUCCUAUAGUAAUCCGUUCUGUUGUUUCCAGUUUAAGUGAUGCUAUUCUACAGUUGGGGUAUACACUUGUCCUUGGUAUUGGAUUAUAGCACAUUAUUUCACAAUAACAGUGUGAUAUGACUGAAGUAGUUUCUCUUCUUUACAGUCCAGUCUUUUUUUGUGUCAACGAAAAUGCAUGCAUUGUUCCAUAAGUUUCUUUGGACUACUAUGAGACUUAACAUUUUGCUAUUGCCUGCCUGUAAAGAUGAAUCCAGUUAGGAAUGAAUUCAAGAUUUUGGAUGUUUACAUUAUUUCCAUUAUGUUUGAUCUUUAGCAAAGUAAGUGACUUUUUUAAUUAUUUUUAAAUGACAAUUGUAUUUUAUGAAAUUGAAAUACUCAAUACAAAAUGCGAACCUACAGCAGUGCUCAGACAUUUGGCUCUCUCUUUUUUUGGAAGAGAUAAGGUGCUACAUUGUUGUUCUUAGCACAAGUGCCAGUUAACAAAUGGCAGUGAGGGGAUAAUUUGAAAAUACAACGAAGAACCAAAACAUCCAUUCAUCCACAUAAGGAAAUCCCUCUGGGUUCCAGAUAUAGAUCGCUUUUUUUUCAUUUUCCAUUUAUAGAUUUUUUGGUAAAAAAACUGAUUUGUACCUUUUGUGGAAUGGAUAGCCUUUUGUCAGGGGAUAAAUAUCUUAGUUAGUUAUAUUUUUUGUAUGAGAAGAAAAUGAUUUGUUUCUUAGAAACUGUCAGCGCAUGGAAAAUGCAACUACACAAGUAACCGCUCAAAAAAAGUGCUGGUAGCAGCACACAGCCUUAGUCCAAUGACUGCAGUCGGAGCAAACAAGUAUCUAUCCUGAGAGCAGGAGCUAUCAAAGGUAUUAGCUUAGAGUGAGCCAGUGAAACAAAAUUCUCUCUAAACUCAUGGUGCAAAUUUUCAAAACAAGCAUAAAUGUCUUGUUAUGUUGCUCAGGUUAUAUACUUAAGAGGAUCUGAUAAUCACCAGAAGGGAAAAUGUGAGCUGGUCAUUCCUGGAUUUCCCUAGGAAUACUUAAGUAGUUGUGAUGUCUCUCCCCUGCUUAAAUAUAAUGGUAUAUUUGCAUUUUUGCACAAAUAUGCACAAUUGUUUCAACAAAGGCCACAAUUUCAGUUUUGUUAAAAGGUACCAGGUACAGAUCACCUUCUUCAAAAGAAACAGGAAAGCUUCCUAGCAUGAAUUUUCCCUCAUCCACCUCAAACAACAGUACAGUCCAAACUGGGCAGACGUAAAGCACCGGGAGUGUCUGCUUACCUAAUGGAACCCUUCAUUGCUCUAGAUGGGGUACACUGGCCUUGCCACGCGUUGGCGUAGAAGCAGUGGUGUUGAGAUGCGGAGGGGCUGAGUCUCUGCACCCCAGUGAGAGCCACCCUGCUUUAUAGCCAAUCAAUCACAGGGUGAACACCACAGGUCACACAGGCUUCUCUUCUCCAGGGUUGACUAUGAUUAUGGUCUUACUGAUGCUGGCGAAAAUCUGCAGAAAAUCCACUGAUUUCCACAGAGUAUUCUGGCUUUUGUUAGAGGAUGGAUUUAUUCUGCAUUCCUAACUCUAUAUUACUUUGAGCCAUGGCACAGAUUAUCCUAAAUCAUCAUCAAGUGGGCAGUCUAAUGACUGAGCCAUUGAGCCAGACUGGUUGUGAUGCAGUCUCUGACCUUUUAAUUUUUGGUGUACGCUUUCAGAUCUCUCGUAGAGCCACACAGUACUUAUUUCAAAAAGCUAUUAGGAAAAAAUGUUUGAUUAUGAAAUCGCUGCUGUUUCUGCUGCAGGGAAGUGAUAACUUGUUUAUUUUAGUAUUUGGUAGGUAGGGGGAAGGGACAGAAGUAGGAAUUGGCUGUGAAAUACAAUUUUAUGCCUGCACAAGAGUAAAUUGUAUUAAAGUUAUAUCCUUCUUCCACCACUGCAGUUGUUGUACAUGAGGAGAGUCUAUAUGCUGCUACUGCUGUCUGGAACAGUGUUUGCAAUAUACUAUACUAAUAGCUAUUUAAUCGUUUAUUAUUUGGGCUAUCAUUUUUAAGUGUAUAACAAUCAUUUAUAAAGGGAGAAAAAUGAUUAAAAUGUCAUUUUAAACAAAUUCCUACUAAUAUGAAGCUUUUCAAGUAUGAUUUGUCUAAAUGUAUAUCACUAGGGAAAAUGGUCCUUUCCAAAGGUCUACUGGAUUCACAAUGCACUUUUAGACUGUGUUUAGAUACGUAAUAAAAAGCAGAAGUUGGCAAUUACUACAGUAGAACUUUCUGAAAUUUCUGUAACAAUUGUUUUGCAAUAAAAAAAGAGAUGUAGUUCAAAACA